UCUUGCUUUCUAUGUAAUUUGACCGUUAGAAAUGCUACCCAAAAAAGAACCAAACUUCUCCUCUUUCCCAAAUUACUACAAUCAAUCCAACCUAGCUCCUCAUAAUUCGACCGUUGGAGAUCUUCUUCUACACACCAAACAAUUAUUCAAAAAGCCUCUCUCUCUCCCUCUCUAUCUCAAGAGGCCAUUGAAUAAUCCAUUUUAUUCAGUAGCUAAAAUAUUCAGUUUUUGCUGAAAAAUUUCAGUACCCAUCAAUUCAAUUCAUCUCAAAGAGCUAAAAAGAUUCAAUCAUUACUCCCAAAUAGCUAAAAUUUCAGUUUUUAUUGAAAAAAAUCAGUACCCAUCAAUUCAAUUUAUCUCAAAGAGCUAAAACAAUUCAGUUUUUGUUGAAAUAAUUCAGUACCCAUCAAUCAAAUUUGUCUCAAAGAGAUAAAAAGAUUCAAUCUUUACUUCCAAAUGAGCUAAAAAAAUCAGUUUUAUAUUGAAAAAUUUCAGUACCCAUCAAUUCAAUUUAUCUCAAAGAGCUAAAAGAUUCAAUCUUUAAUCUCAAUGAGCUAAAAAUAACUCAAUUUUUGCUUGAAAUUUUUCAGUUUUUGUUGAAAAAAAAAUCAGUAACCUUCAAUUCAAUUCAUCUCAAAGAGCUAACAAAAACUCAAAAUUUACACAAAAAAAUGGAGUCAACACCACCAAGAAGAAAAAGUGGGAUAAAUCUCCCAACAGGGAUGAACCAAACAUCACUAAGAUUAGAAACAUUCCAAUCACCAAGCUCCAAUCUUUUCAAAUCCACCAUAGCAUCAUCACCAAGGGACAUUUCAAAUCUCUCAUCAUCACCACAGUCAAAAUCAUCAACUUGUAGUGACAGAUUCAUACCAUGCAGAUCAUCUUCAAGACUACAUACUUUUGGAUUGCUUGAAAAAAAGGGGUCUCCUGUUAAAGAAGGGGGCAAUGAAGCUUAUUGUAGGCUGUUGAAAUCUGAGCUUUUUGGGUCUGAUUUUGUUUGUUCUUCUUCUCCUGCAGGUGGUGGUGAUUUGAGUAGUCCUAGCAAGAACAUGCUGAGGUUUAAGACUGAUAAUUCUGCUCCUAAUUCUCCUUAUUCUCCUUCCAUUUUGAGGCAAGAUAGUGGGGUUUCUAGUGAUGUUUCUACUCCUCCUAAGCCUCCUAGAAAAGUUCCUAAGACUCCCCAUAAGGUUUUGGAUGCACCAUCACUUCAAGAUGAUUUCUACUUGAAUCUUGUGGACUGGUCUUCUCAAAAUGUUCUUGCCGUUGGUUUAGGCACUUGUGUUUACUUAUGGACUGCUUCAAAUAGCAAAGUGACAAAAUUGUGUGACUUGGGACCUAAUGACAGUGUGUGCUCUGUACAAUGGACCAAAGAAGGUUCAUACAUAUCGAUUGGAACCGGUCUUGGUCAAGUUCAGGUUUGGGAUGGAACUCAGUGCAAGAGGGUGCGAACCAUGGGCGGGCAUCAAACAAGAACCGGAGUCUUGGCAUGGAAUUCUCGCAUACUAUCAUCGGGAAGUAGGGAUCGAAACAUACUUCAGCAUGAUCUUCGCGUAUCGAGUGAUUUUAUUAGCAAGCUUGUUGGUCAUAAAUCUGAGGUUUGUGGAUUAAAAUGGUCUCAUGAUGAUAGAGAACUUGCAUCUGGUGGAAAUGAUAAUCAGCUACUGGUGUGGAACCAGCAUUCUCAGCAACCAGUUCUGAAACUGACUGAGCACACAGCUGCAGUCAAGGCCAUUGCUUGGUCACCCCACCAGAGUGGUCUUCUUGCAUCAGGAGGUGGAACUGCGGAUCGCUGCAUUCGUUUUUGGAACACCACCAAUGGUCAUCAACUAAACCAUGUUGACACCGGCAGCCAGGUAUGCAAUCUGACAUGGAGUAAGAAUGUGAAUGAAUUAGUGAGUACUCAUGGUUACUCUCAGAAUCAAAUUAUGGUGUGGAAAUAUCCGUCAUUGUCGAAGGUCGCAACUCUAACCGGUCAUAGUUAUCGAGUACUCUAUCUUGCCAUGUCGCCUGAUGGUCAGACGAUAGUGACUGGAGCAGGGGAUGAGACACUACGGUUUUGGAAUAUAUUCCCAUCCAUGAAAGCACCGGUACCUGUUAAAGAUACAGGUCUAUGGUCGUUGGGCCGCACCCAUAUCCGGUGACCGACAUCUUGUAAAUCAACUCGAGCUAUAUAUACUGUAAAUGGAGAUACUAUACUCGCUUUCAGAUGCUGCCACUAUAGAGGGAAACUCUGCAUUUUUUUGUUUAUUGUGUGCCAGUUUUGCAAGUUUAUGCUUUAUAGUCAGGAUUUUGUGUAAAGUAGGGUUGAAUUUUUAUCUUUGACUGUAUCAUAUGUAGGUUUAGAUCAUAUUUGAGAGCAAAAAUGAUUCAAUAAAGGGAAAGGAAUCUAACAUAAAUAUUAAAUUUUCUAAGAUUUUUUA